GGAAUACCUCAGAAAACCUAAUCAGACGCUACGAAAAGCAACAACCAAAGCUCAAGAUGUCGACUUCAGCAGGACAGAAGGUUACCACCGAUCCCGCGUCCAAGGUCCCUAUCAACGAGGCCGUUGGCACCGUAAUCUCCGACUCUCUUGCAGGCGAGUCCCUCAAGAGCUCUGGUGCCUUUGGUGAAGGCAACCCAAAGGCAGGUGUUUCUGGACAGCCGUCUGCUUCGACGACUACAAACACGUCUGAUACCUCGAGCGCUACCAAGCUCAAUGCUGCUGUUAAUGCCGAGGCAAGGGACGCUCAGCAAGGAUGGGAUGAGGAGAAGAUUAUGAACUCCGGUAAGGGUCUGGGUAGUACCUCAAAUGGCUCUGGAGGGGCAUCAAGCGUCACUGGCACUGCACCUACUGCUGUUCCCGGCACAAACAUCGACCCAAGCGUGCUCCAGCCCAAGGGCGCCAAUCUGACCGAAGACCCCAACAUGGACGGACAGCGCAAGUUCGGCGAGAUUGGCGCAGAGAAUGACCCCGGCAGGCUAGCAGAGCGCAAGCUGCAGGGUAUCAAUGCUGCGAAUCCUGGUGUUGAGCCCAAGACGACCGACAUGGCACAGGGUGGUGAAACCAAGUUCAGCAAGCUGGGAGAGACGACUGCUUAAUCUUGAUGCAUGAGGCGCUCAUGUAGCAGUGUGUAUAAUACCGAG